CGUAACUGAAACUCCCGGUAGAGGUCUUCAAGCCAUUGUGAGAAUUAAUAAUGCUGAAGCACUUAACUUGUUACCCAAUGAGAAACCCAGCUCGACUUAUAAAGUAUUUAUUGGUAACGUCAAAUGGCUUCAAGAAAAUGGUUGCGUUUAUUCAUCUCAUGUUACUAAACGGAAGGCUUCUUCAACUAUUCAAAGUUGGCAAGAAUCUGGUUACUCCCUAGUUCUUAUUGGAUUAUCAUCUCAAACUUCUAAAGGUUAUAUUCUUGCGCAAAUGGGAAUUGCUGAUUAUCCAAGACCUGAUGCCGCUAAAACUGUUUCUGAAUUAACUGCUCGCGGGUUUGAAGUAUGGAUGAUUACGGGAGAUAAUCCUGUGACAGCUAAAACCAUUGCAAACCAAAUUGGAAUUGUAAAUGUAUUAGCAGAAGUAACUCCUGAGGUGAAAGCAGAAAAAAUUAAAUGGUUACAACGUAAAGGAGUUCCUGUUAAACCUCCAAAUAAAUUUCUUCAAUUAUUUAAAAGAAAAAAUGUUCAAACAAGGAGGGCCAUAGUUGCAAUGAUUGGUGAUGGUAUUAAUGAUUCACCCGCACUUGCACAAUCAGAUUUACCCAUAUCAAUAUCAACUGCUACUGAUGUUGCCAUUGAAUCAGCUUCUAUUAUUUUGACAAGAUCAACAUUGACUUCUUUAAUUACAUUAGUAACACUCGCUAAAGCUAUAAUAUGGAGAAUUAGAUAUAAUUUCUUAUGGGCAUAUAUUUAUAAUUCGUUAGCUAUACCUAUCGCUGCUGGUGUUUUCUUUCCUGUAUUUAAAUAUGGCCUUAGACCCGAAAUUGCUAGUCUAGCUAUGGUAGUUAGUUCCCUUGCAAAAAUCGGGUCACCGAUGGUCAAUUCGAAUUCCGAUCAAGAAUCCGAACGAUCAGAAAUGAAGAAUAUUGCCGGGUUCUAA